AUGCAGCAAGCGUUGUUCACAAUAUCCCAGCUGCAGCUGACUGCUUACCGCUAUCCUCCUCAAGGGACUGUAUAUAAUGGAGCGUCGUUUGACUUUGUGAUCGUGGGCGCGGGCUCAGCAGGCAGCGUGCUGGCCAACAGGCUCACGGAGGACCCGAGGGUGACGGUGCUGCUGAUAGAGGCUGGGCCUGACCCACCCAUUGAGUGCAAUAUUCCAGGACUGAUGAUUUAUGCUGAAUCAUCAUAUCUGAACUGGAAUCAUGAAACUGAACCUGAUGAUCAUACGUAUCAAUGCUUGCGGAAUCACAAGUACCCCGUAGGUCAUGGCAAAGUCUUAGGAGGAAGUAGUAGUAUCAACGGCAUGUAUUAUGUACGGGGAGUUCCUGAAAACUACGACUCAUGGGCCGCAAUCACCAAAGAUGCUUCGUGGAACUACGCAAAUGUGCUCCCAUAUUUCAAAAAAAGCGAACGUCUGGAAGAUCCAGCAAUAUUACAUUCACGUUAUCGAAAAUAUCAUGGAACUGAUGGUUACAUGAAAAUCACCAAAGUAAUGAACAGUGAAAUGAAACUUUUCAAGGAUGUGUUUAAGGAAAUUGGCUACAAAUUAUUCCCUGAUAUAAAUGGUGAUCAGUAUAUUGGAUUUUCUGAACAAUUAAUAACGCUUGCUGAUGGUCUACGACAGAGUACAGCUAACGCUUUCCUAUCUCCAAUAAAACACCGUCCAAAUCUACAUGUUUUGAAAAAUACUUUUGCAACAAGAGUUAUUAUAGACAAUUAUAAAGCUACAGGUGUGAUAAUAACUGACAACAAUAAUAAAACUUUGACAGUCAAAGCAAACAAAGAAGUGAUAUUAUCAGCAGGGGCUAUAAACACACCACAACUACUUCUUUUAUCCGGUAUUGGUCCAAAAGAACAUUUAGAGAGAUUUAAAAUGACCGUGAUAGCAGAUCUUCCUGUAGGAUAUAAUCUGCAAAAUCAUCAAUAUAUAUUUUUGGCUAUCAAAAUGCCGAGUACAGAAACGACGCCUAAAACUGUAAAUCCUUACGUCUAUAACUCAUUAUUGGCCACAGGGUACCUGACAAAAAAUGGAAGUUCUCCUGACUACCAAGCAGCGUUGCAAGUAGUAGACGCUGCUGGAUUUACUGCAAACCUUGUGGUAUUUAAUUUUCAACCGACUUCAAAAAAGGAGGAGUGUAGGUUUUUUGGAGUCGGUUUUAUUUUUUUUUAUGAUAACAAAACUUGUGAAUAUUUCUAUAAUGAGCUAAAAGAUAAAAAAGUUUUAAAUAUAGCAGUGGCAAGUUUUAAAUUUAAAACUCGUGGAAGAGUUUCACUAAAAAGUUUGGACCCGAGACAGAGUCCUUUAAUUACUUUGAAGCCAUUUUUGGAAGAAAGUGAUUUAGAAGAUGCGAUCAGGAACGUAGAAGACAUCGUUAGGAUUGUUAAUACGACUUAUAUGAAGAAUAUUGGUGCGGAGUUAGUAACAUUACCUAGUUGUGAGGACUUUGUAGUGGGAAGUAAAGAGUAUUGGAGGUGUUACGUACAAUGUAUGGUCAGUUCUGGGUACCACUUUGUGGGGACCAGUGCUAUGGGCUCCGUGGUGGACAGCCGGCUGCGCGUGCGCGGCGUGGAUAGGCUGCGCGUGGUGGACGCUAGCGUCAUGCCCACCAUCACCAGUGGGAACACGAAUGCGCCCACUAUAAUGAUUGCGGAGAAAGCCGCUGAUAUGAUAAAGGAAGACAAUAAUAUGCGUGUUUGUAGGAGGGUGUAAAUGUUAACAAGUUUAAUACAAAUUAUUGUCCUCAUCAUUUUGAUGGUACUUACGUACUACUUCAGUUGUUAUUCAAAUUUUCAAUUUAGUUGUUAAAGGUGUAACGUGUUAAUUGUAAUUUUCAGUAAUAUGUCAAUGAAAUAAAUUGGCUAAUCAUAAUAUCGA